UGCACACAUGUGUAAGCUGCAUACUUUCCCUGCUGUGACAAAUAUACCACCACACUCGUUUCGUGUAAAAGGGCACAUUAAUUUCUUGCUAGCAAUCCUGACUUUACUGAAAGAACUCAACGGGACAAGACCUUCUAAAAGACGAAGCAAUUAAUAUGUUGCUCCAGAAUUUCUUCAGCAUUACCAGUAUUUUGUUGUAUGGCCUACUAUUAGAGAUGGUGUUAAGCAUGAGCAGAAAGGAAAUUCAAGCUAUUUUGUUUAUACACAAUAAAUUUAGACAGAGAAUGGCAAAAACAAACCCUGCGUUCAAAAUAGCCAACAUGCAGAAGAUGAAGUGGGAUUCAGCCCAACAAUCAACUGCAGAGAAACACCUCAGCUAUGGACAGGAUACCGCCAAGCAUUUCAAUACUGGCACUCUCAAAGGCAGGUUUCAAGUUUUGUCCAAGGCCGACAUCCGUGAAAUUAUUGAAACAUGGUACAGGCAGGGUGAAAAAUUUAAUUUCCAGGAUAAACGAUGCCUUUCUGACUGCCCGCAGUUUGCUAACUUGGUUUACCCUUUAAUGAAUACAGUCGGUUGUGAGAAAAAGUCCAAUGAAGAUGAUUCUGACCCAUCUGUAAUUUUGGGUUGCUCUUACGGAACAAAUCAGUUUGUCCUAUACAAGGACAAAUUUGAGUUCGAGUACGGUGAACCCUGCAGUCAAUGUCCGGAGCCAAACAACUUUUGCGACAGAAAUUUGUGCUCGAGGUGUAAUGCUAUCUCCAGAAAAAGGAACUGUUAUUAG